GGCACUCUGAGUCUCCACCAACCAGCACAGUGCCAGUGAGUCUUGGUCGUGCCCGUGAGGUGGUGCCGCCCCCCUCGACUCACAGGAAGUGCCAGGGAGUGCCAGUCUGCCCACACGUGCCCAGGACAAUACGGCUCACCCUUCCCCCCCCCGCUUGCGUGGAUUACCUGAAGGAGUUGGUGAGGAAGGGUUGAGUGGCAGCAAUGGGGUGACUCUCCCUCGGCGCCCUUUGCUCUCCCUUCACUCUCCCUUCCGCAGCGCCGUCAGCUUAUGUUUCAGUUGGCAACAAUCCGGAAAGCUCACACGCCGUUGAAAGUAAAUAAAAAAAGAUCGGAAAAGUUUACAGCCUGUUGAAAAAUAAGGAUCCGAAAAAAAAUAUAAGUACACCAAAAAAGGAAAGAAAAAAAGAGGUUCAUAGAAAAGGCGUGAAGUGCAAAGGUGAAUAAGUCUGGAGUCAUGGGACGUUGAGAAGCUUUUUUUUUGUGUGUGUGUGUGUGUGCGUGUGUGCGUGUGAAAUGGCUUACUGAACCAAUAAAGCCACAGGAAAACACGUGAUGCAUUGUGAAAAUUAUAAAUAGAUCAAUCAAUAAACUGGUGAUCGAAGUGAAAUGAGCCUCAGCCUCGUUGUUACCAGUGAUGCAGUGAAGUGAAAGUGUACCUGAAAACAUCCUCAGUGAUUACGGUGAAGGGACAACACCUGUAGAUACCUGAACUUACUUGUGGAUGAAGCGAGACAGGAGGGAGUCUGAUGUCAAGCCUCCGUCGGUAAUACCUGUGGACACCUGUGAUUACCUGUGGAUGAGGUGAGACAGGUAACAGGUGGGAGUCUGAUGUCAAGCCUUCGUCAGUAGCAGCGCCGGGUGAGCGUCUCCCCGCCAUGCCCUUGCCCACGUGCCUGCUGUGGGCGGCGUCGUGGCGGCUGUGGGCGGUGGUGGUGGUGGGCGUGGGGCUGGCGUCGGCGGGCGUGGGGGGGUUCAUACGCUCCUCCCACGUGGUCAACACCGAGACGGGGCGCCUCAGAGGCAUCCUGGUGAAUCCCAACAACCGAGUCCUCAAGCCCGUCGCCUUGUUCCUCGGGGUGCCUUACGCUGCCCCUCCCGUCGGCAGGCUCAGGUUCAUGCCCCCCCAGUCGGCCCUACGGUGGUCGGGCAUCCGUCAGGCCAUCACGCUGCCGCCCGUGUGCCCCCAGAAGCCGCCCGACGUGACCAACAAGUACGAGGCGCUGAAGAUCAUGUCUGAGGGCCGCUACAACUACCUGCAACGCCUCUUGCCGAUGCUGUCCAACCAGAGCGAAGACUGUCUCUACCUCAACGUGUACACGCCCGUCAGAGGUGAGUCGCGGGGACCUGAGGGUGGGGUAGGAAAGGGCUCGUCCGAAAUUUGGAAGUGCUAAGAGGGAGGGAGAAAAACACGUAUUAGGGAAGAUGAGGGACGUGUGAGUUACCUAGGGAAGCAGUGCCAUGAUUAC